AUGGGUGUUUGUCUAUCCUGCCUUCAUCCACAGGCCGAUGAUGAGUUUGAUGAAUCUACGCCUCUUCUUGGUGAAAAUAUGUCGUCAUCAGCUGUACAACAACAAUACGAGGAGCAAAUUCUAGAACAAAGGAAUAAAGAACUGAAUAGCAUACUGAACUCGACAAAUGACCAUCUCAUAGACUUGACAAACUUCCUACAUCUUCAAUCGCAAUUUGUGCUCAAGGAACCAACCUCGCCAUCCCUACACAAUCAAGCAUCCUCAAAAACAGUGGAUGCACCGAUGGCAACAUCAUUAGCUUCUUUUGAUCAAAACUCUACGCCCCAAUUGCAGGCAAUUGGAGGAUACGAUUCUGUUGGUGCACGUGGCUUGACGCAGAUCGAGGUGCUGGACAGCAGUGAAGUUCGCCAGGAAAUGGAGAAAGAGCUUGCUAUUUUGGAAGAGAAAAUGGAUGUUCCUUUUGACAAAUGCAUUCGAUUUGACACCAACAAUAUUGGCGCCCUGAAGGUGGAAUUCGACUAA